GUCAUUUUCUAUGUUUCAGCCAAUCAUUCUACUUUGUAAACCUUCAUGACCUUGUGACUACAUCUUCCAUUUGGCUGUGUGACAUCAGUAGUGCAAGACAAGAGUGCUGUACCACAAUGAUCGGAGGACUGGCUGCUUUGAUUCUACUUUGUACAGUGUACCUGAUUCAAACUGAAGAUGUUUCUCACCAGGUCUCUUUGACUUUGGUUGAACUUGGUGGAAAUGUUACUUUGAAAUGUCCAGUUUCUGAGAAGGACGUCAAAUCCUUUAACUGGUACAAGCAGCCUCUUGGAUAUAUGGUCCAAACAGUCCUUACUGUUUUUUUUGGCAAAAUGUCAAUUAGUGAGGAAUUUGAUAACUCACGGUUCACAGCAACAAUAGAGAACGCUCAGUAUUUACUCACCAUCAGAAAUAUCAGCAAAGAGGACGAAGCAACAUACUUCUGUCUCAGUGGAAAUACCUAUUCAAUAAGUCCUGUUAAUGGCAUCUUCUUGGCUGUGAAAGAUCAUAAUGAGCAGAAAUCUCUCUACGUGAAACAAAGUCCGGAGACUGAGUCGGUCCAGCCGGGCGGCUCAGUGACUCUCCAGUGUUCACUUCUCUCUAAGAACAAAGAGAACAGAGUCCAGUGUCCAGGUGAACACAGUGUGCACUGGUUCAGAUCUGGAUCAAGAGAAUAUCAUCCGGGCAUCAUUUAUACUCACAGUGAUAAACAAGAAGAAAGAAGUUGUGACUACAGUCUGUCAAAAACUAUCCAGAACUCCUCUGAUACUGGGACUUACUACUGUGCUGUGGUCACAUGUGGAGAGAUCCUGUUUGGUGAAGGAACCAAAGUGGAAACAAGACCAGAACUGGGCACAUCCCUCAUUGUGCUUUGGACUCUGCUGGCCUGCUGUGUGACUGUUAUUGCAGCUCUAAGUAUCUCCAGAAAUCAAAAGCCAGGUUGUGAACAUUGCAAAGGAGAAGCUUCCAAUCUUGCUCAACAUGACAGAUCAGCUGAGGAUCAACCAAGCAAUGUGGAUGGUGAUUUGACAACAGUGAACUAUGUAGCGCUGGAUUUCCACUCAAGAAAUGCCAAAAGAUGGAAGAAUGACAGGGAGCUACCACAGGAGUGUCUGUACUCUGGCACAAGAGACCCUGAGUGACGUGAAGUCACCAUGAAGAACGAACAUCUAACAUGUUCAUAGAGUGAUGCAGGAAGGAGUCAUGAAACCAGAAAUUAGAUUAGCUUAGUACAGAGACAGCUUUUGUUUUGUGAUGUUGCCUGGAUGAACCAAAUAUAUAAAUGUAUUAUCAUUCUUAAUAUAAUUGUAUUGUUUUAGUAUUAUUAUUACUUGUGAGAUUAAUCUUGAACAAUUACUCAAAUUUGAAAGAAAUAAGAAUGUGAAAAAAAGCUUUAUUUCCUUUAAAGAGAAAAUCCAUACGUUCUUCAUAUUGUGAUAUUAGACAUUUUUGUCACUCAUAAUGUAGUUGGUUUAAUAAAACACCUGCUGUA